CAUUCCACAUUUCCACUAUCAUCAUCAACCUCGCCGCCUCAUCGCCCCCGUGCGCGAACCCAAAAAUCCAACGGACCUAAACCUCUCCCGGCCAUGCCCAUGGCGCCGCCGCUCGCCCGCCGCCUUGCGCACACCGCCGCCACCCCGGGGGUGCUGGCCUGCCGCCUCGCCUCCCGCGCCGUCGUCCGCUUCGCCGGGCCCGAGGCCGCCCGCUUCCUCCGCUCGCUCCUCACCAAGGACCUCCUGCCCUCCUCCUCCUCUUCGGCGUCGGCGGAGCAGCGGUACGCGCCCACGCCCAACGCGCCCGCGCGGGCGCCACCCCCGGCCUACGCCGCGCUGCUCACGCCGCAGGGGAGGUUCCUCUACGACCUCUUCCUCUACCGCCCGGCCCCGCCGUCGCAGAUGCUCGACUGCACGGGCUCCGCGCCGCGGACAGGGGAGAGGCCCAACUGCGGGGAGGAGGAGGAGGAGCCCGGCGAGGUGCUCGCGGAUGUCGACGCCGCCGAGGUCGACGAGCUACUCGCCUGCUUCAAGAGAUACCGGUUAAGAUCCAAGGUUGAGAUAGACAAUGUCAGUAAGGACUUCUUAUGUUGGCAAAGAUUUGGACGCAAUGUGGAGCAUAAAGGACCUUCUACUCAAGAACCUGAGGCCCAAUCCAUUGGAUGGGGGCAAGGUGUUGACCAUGCUGCCGAAUCAGCUGCGCAAGGCAAUGGCCAUGGUUGGGAGUGGUUCAAAGACCCACGGUUGGAUUGCCUUGGUUACAGAGGAAUCUUUCCAGCUAAUAGUAUACCACCAUUAGUUGAGUCUGACAAAGAAGCGGAUGAGCGCCAUUAUUUGCUCUGGCGGAUAGAGAAUGGAGUUGCAGAAGGCUCAACUGAGAUCCCAAAAGGUGAAGCAAUUCCACUUGAAUACAAUUUUGCUGGAUUGAAUGCGAUUUCAUUUGAGAAGGGCUGCUAUAUUGGCCAGGAGCUUAUUGCACGGACACACCAUCGUGGUGUCAUUCGGAAGCGCCUAAUGCCAUUAAUAUUUGUAGAUGAAAACGGGCAAGAACUCGAGCAGGCUGUUGCUCCAGGCUCAGAAGUCGUGGACAAGGAGUCCGGCAAGAAAAUCGGUACAGUUAGCACUGCUCUUGGCUGCCGCGGUAUGGGCCUACUGAGACUUGAAGAAGCACUGAAGCAAAACUCAAGCCUUGCCGUCAAGGAUAAUAGGGAUGUGAGAGUUAAGGCGAUCAAACCAGACUGGUGGCCGGCUGAGUGGACACAAGUGCUUGAACAGCAAAGUGCAGUUGCUUGACAGCAGAUAUUCAGUGCCCCACUUAAAAUCUCCAGUGAAGUUUUGUGGAGUUUUAAAGCCGAAACUGUAGAGGUUUUCAGAAUUCAGAGGCAAUCAAAGCAAUCUCAGUUUAGCAGCUUGGUUAUGUUUACAGUUUAGCAACUGACAUGGUUACUUGAUCAUGUAGCAGUAAUGAAGUAUGAAGGCAGAGAUUGUUUUGUUCUCUGGCCUCUCUUCACUUGUAUCGACCAUAAAUAAGCGACUGUACAUAGCCCAAACACUGAAAGCACGCAUUUCAAUAAAAUUACACUGUCAACAGUUCGCCAACGACACAGAUGAUCCUGCACUAAACUGUUCCU